AAGGGAUAUGCGCUCGCCUCUAGAUGUCGCUCUUUACACUGAGCUCAGAGUUUCCCUUCCACGGACGGAAGGCGGAAGUGACGUGUUCUGCAGCGUGUGGUGAAACCCUCGUGAGCCAUUCAAACAAUGUCGGUGAUUCCCGGGGAUAAUUGGCGCCCGAGCAAUGUCUGCUUGGAGACCAGCAUGGGCUCUAUCACGGUGGAGCUGUACUGGAACCACGCCCCCAGAACGUGUACGAACUUCGCAGAGCUGGCCCGGAGAGGAUAUUAUAAUGGAACCAAGUUUCAUCGCAUCAUCAAAGACUUCAUGGUUCAAGGAGGAGACCCCACAGGGACUGGACGUGGUGGAGGCUCUAUAUAUGAUGGCAAACAUUUUGCAGAUGAAUUACAUCCUGACCUUAAAUUUACAGGGGCAGGCAUUCUCGCCAUGGCAAAUGCUGGACCAGAUACAAAUGGAAGUCAGUUUUUCUUGACAUUGGCCCCUACCCAGUGGUUGGAUGGGAAGCACACUAUUUUUGGACGUGUUUGCCAGGGCCUUGGAACACUGAACAGACUAGGCAUGGUGGAAACGGACAACCAGGACAGAGCACUUGAUGAAGUCAAAAUCCUCCGGGCUUCUUCGUUAUAAGAACCUCACAACACGGCUGUUAUGAACUACGUUAAGACUGACUGAAAUAUGUGUGCGCCAAAUAUUCAGGCAGACAUUUUUAUAUUUCUAACCAAGUUUAAACCUUUUCUUUUAGAAUCGGUCACAGUGACUUUUACUAGUCCACAGCCAAAGCUCCAAGCAGCACUGGUAGUUAACUUUUUAUUUAUUUUUUGUUCUGAAGGUUCAUGCAGACGCAACAUUUUCCCCAACCCUGAUUUCUAUAGCUGGGUUUGGGGAACAUGUCUGUCCCUCCAUGACCUUGGCUAGUGUUAAUUGGCUGAGGCUCUUCAGAGGAAAGUUGGUCAGUCAAGAUGGAUUUUUUUUUUUUUCAGGCCAAUGUCUGUAGUCGCAGGAUCUGCAUCUUUGCUUCAGAAGCUAGUCCAAAGGACCAAGUCUAGUCCUUCAGGGUCAGGAUCCACACACAUUUAUAUUCCUAUAACAGGAGCUAGGAAGUUACUGUUUAUUUGACAAUCCUGGUUUUUAUGUGGCCCUUGAAGACGAGUUGGACACUUAUUGAUUGACCUAGAACAAACAUGCAAGGCUCAGACUUUUACAUCUUCACCGGCUGCAUAUUCAUUUCAGGUCAGGCCUUUAACAGUUCAUGCCUUAAAUAGCCUCAAUGCCUGCACCAUUAAAGUACCACCACUGUGUAAGGGACCAUUUGAUGAAUUUUAAACUUGUUGGCAUCAGUUUGAGACAUUUAUCAUUCAGAAUUUAUUGAUGGGUGUAUGUGACCUGCAGCUGCCCUACAUUUUACUUUAGACUAGUAUAGGAGUGCAAAACCACUGCGACACAGGAUCUUUACUUUUUUGGCAGGCAGUCAAAAGCUGAAAACAAGGAUGAACUUGUUUUUAAAAUUAAUUGCACUUUCCUAUAUUUGGUAGAAGUAAUUUAGGAACUGUAAAGCCACCUGAUCACCUUUUACAUAACAAGAUGGAAGCCGUUCCUGGCUAGGUACUCUCCUUGCUUUUGCGUGAGACUGGCGAGUACUUCAGGGUUCAUAUCUAAAAGGAUCCAUUUGUUUUGACUGUUUACAGUUUUGGCUAUUUUUAGUUUUUUCAGCUUCAUGUAAUAUGUUAUAUAUAAAAAAAUAAAUAAAUUUGUCUUUCUUGUAAACUGGG